AUGGAUUUGAAAUGGCCAUAUCUUGGCAUGGCUUUCUUUAUAGCUGUCUCUAUCACCAUGACUUGCUGUUUCGUGUGGCAGUACAAACUUCCAAAGAAAGACAUGAAUGAAUUUGCUUUGUCUAAAGAGCCUAAAUCUGUUCAGAUGUGUCCCAGGCAUCCCAAACCUGUACCAUUGGUACAUCCCAUGCCAAUUAUAAAAGAAGCUCUCAACAAGGUUGACUUUCUGUUACGUCAUCAAAUACAUGCAAGGAACCUACCAUCAAUUUCAGCCAUUGUAAUAUUUAACGAUACUGUGCUGUGGACUGGAAAUUUUGGGAAAAAAAAUGCAUCUGAUGAGUUUUCACCUCCACCAAAUGAAUAUACUGCUUACAGGAUUGCAAGUAUUUCCAAGAUCUUCCCUGCUAUCAUGCUGUACAAACUCUGGCAGGAAGGAAAAAUUGCAUCUCUGGAUGAUCCAUUAACAAAAUAUGUCCAAAACUUCACAGUUAAAAACCCACUGGGAAAUUCAAAACACUUGGAAAGUAAAUAUGAAGCAGAUGGCCUGGUAUUUCUUGAGCGAGGGGAAGCUGCUGCAAAACUAUCAUCUGUGACAUUGAAACGAAUGGCCAGCCAGCUGUCAGGGUUACCUAGGCGACUCAGAUCAACAAGCCUGCUCUGGAAUGGAAACACUGAGAUGGCACUGAAUCUUCUACGGGAUGAUUUACUCAUCGCGGAUCCUGGUACAAGAUGCCAUUACAGUAAUUUGGCAUUUUCCCUCCUGGCUCACAUUCUAGCCAAUCAAGUCGCUGGAUCAGAGUAUCAACGCUGGAUUACUGAGAAUAUUUUAACUAAACUAGGAAUGGAGCACACUGGAUUUGAGUUUACACACUCAGUCCGUUCUAAGCUAGCAGUUGGCGUUUACAGCAAUGGUCAGCCAGCACAGCUAUAUGAUCUUGGUUGGUACAGACCCUCCGGCCAAAUGUAUUCCACGACUGCGGACCUGGCCAAACUAGCCAUGGUGCUUUUGGGAGCUGUCCGCCGAGAUCUUCUUGAGCCUGACACCAUAAAAAUGAUGCUCACUCCAGUCUUCAGGUGCUCUGAGGAUUACUUUGCCAGCAAAACAGGAACGCCGUGGGAAAUCGAUGAACUCUUUGGAUAUGACAUCAUUAAAAAAGAGGGCGAUUUGGAUGGUUACUCAGCCACAUUCUCCCUGAUUCCGAAACUCAAAUUAGGAUUUGUUAUUUUGAUGUCAGGUUCUCGGCCUCAAGAGAAGGACUUGACUAUGAGAGUUUAUGAUUAUUUAAUACCUGCAAUGGAGUCUGCAUUUCGACAAAGCAAAAGAGUUCUUUCUCCGCCUCCUCGCUCUAAGCCUUAUGUUGGUUACUACACAUUUGCAAACUUGACCUUUUAUGAGAUUAAGAAGGAGAAGAAUGGAGUGUUAGCAAUGCAGCAGUUUGGCCCUCAUAUUGAAAGCUUGAUUCCUGAGAGGUAUCGAACGAUCAAACUCUGUUAUUUAGAAGAAAGGGUAUUUCAAAUUGUAUUUGAAAAAGAAUACCCUUGUGUCUUGAAAUUUAGCACAGCUUCAGUGUCACUUGAAGCUCAAGAUGGACAACUGUUUAAUUUUUUUCCAUUCAACAGGAAAGGCCUAUCUCCUGGUUUUGACGCUCCAGGCCUUAAUACGUAUAAUAUCCUCCGCAUCAGUCAGAAACCAAAAUUUUGA